UCUUUCGCAUCCCAAUUUUGCCAACACCAGUUCGUAUCCCUCGUCGCGACAGUCGCAUUUCCAAACAGCAUUUUUUCCGAAACGGUGUGUCGAAGAAGCAAAUUCAAGUAUGAGCGGACGCGAAGGUGGUAAGAAGAAACCGCUGAAGGCCCCGAAAAAGGACCAGUCGGAAAUGGACGACGAUGAUGUCGCCUUCAAGCAGAAACAGAAGGAGGCACAAAAGGCUCUGGAGGCGGCGAAGCAGAAAGCCGCAAAAGGAGGACCGCUGUUGCAGGGCGGAAUAAAGAAAUCUGGCAAAAAGUGAACAUCCGUUUCAGACUGCCAGACAAUGCUGUUAAAAUGUUCUACAUAUGCUGUUGAUGAAGAAAGCUGUUCUGGUUUACCAGGGAACAGAAGGGACGACUCGCGUGAAGGCGUUCUCAUCUCUUGUUCGGAUCCGAUAUGGAUGCGAAAUAACUUUUUCUAUUCGUAAAUAAACACAUGACUUAAGCGA